AUAUAUGGAGUGUAUUUGCAUUUCAAUUAAAUAUUCCCGGCUCGCCAGUGAUGACGCUCGUGUUCCCGACAGCGACCGUUCAUGUGCACUCGGGAAACAGCCGGUUGGGAAUCUAUAAGUUCUUCAGCGCAGGGGUUUUUUUAUCCGAUAAAAAACAGUAAGAACUAAACAGAACCUAGUUGGAUCAGUUUCAUGUUUGCAUGCCUUUAUUUCCUUGAUGCCUAUCACGUAUUAUCCUUUUGCUUUAGUUUUAAGUAUGAGAAGCAAAUGCAGUAUUCCCACUCACUGUAUGGAAGGCAACACUUGCCCUUAUCUAGAGCUGGUUACCAGUACACAACGUUUAAACUGAGCAAAUAAGUCAUGCCAACAGACGUUACAACGUAUCAAUUUCCACCGUGUGUAAAGCCUGGACCUAUUGAAGAAGGUAUGACGCGUGGAUGGGAUGACGUCGCGUCGCCCGCAUCUCCCUCGGUCUGUCAGCACGUCGCCUGUAGAUGACGUCACAGCAACGUGAUUGGUUACCUACUACAGCAACCCCGUUGUUGCUGGUUGAUGAAAAUGUCCGAUUCUAUUUGUAUUUGUAUAUAAUUUCUGUAAACCAUGACAAUGGAUCUGACUUUCUUGGGGACUGGAUCUGCAUAUCCGUCCCCCCAUCGCGGUGCUUCAGCGCUGGUUCUCAGGACGGAAGGAGAAUGUUGGCUGUUUGACUGUGGUGAAGGAACUCAAACCCAACUCAUGAAAAGUCAACUAAGAGCAAGUCGCAUCACCAAAGUUUUCAUCUCACAUUUGCACGGGGACCACCUAUUUGGUUUACCCGGUCUCCUGUGCACCGUGAGCCUACAGACAAACCCUAACCCCACUCAGGCUCUUCCCUGCUUGGAUAUCUAUGGCCCCACGGGCCUCAGGAAGUACCUCAGGGUGACUCUGGGUCUCACGGGCUCACAACUCAUCUUCCCUUAUGCAGUUCAUGAGCUUGAAACUCUGCCUGACCAGAGUCCACCCGAAGGUCAGCUGAGCUUUGAGAUGACUUCAGAGUCUGGUGCGCUGCAUCCUCAAGAGCAGCUGGGGAGGCGCGUCUCCCUGGACGUGUCCACCGACUGCUACAUGCUUUUUCAAGACAAGAGGUUUGUGGUGAAGGCCUUCAGGUUGUUCCACCGCGUACCCUCCUUUGGCUUCUGCGUUCAGGAGCAUGACCGACCUGGCAGACUCAACACAGAGCUGUUGAAAGAGUUAGGCCUCAACCCCGGACCCCAGUAUGGCCGUCUGAAGGCUGGGGAAUCCGUGACCCUGGAGAACGGCCGUGUGCUACUGUCUGGGGAAGUCAUGGAAGAAGCUAUUCCAGGGAGGAAAAUCUGUAUUUUAGGGGACUGCAGUGCCAUUGUUGGAGAUGGACCGCUGAAGGCAUGCCACAGAGCAGACAUUUUAGUGCACGAAGCCACACUUGCAGAUGAGCAGCAGGAAAAAGCAGUGGAACACGGGCACAGCACCCCAAAGAUGGCUGCCGCAGUAGCCUUGGCUUGCGUUGCGCAAAAGCUGGUUUUGUAUCAUUUCAGUCAAAGGUACAAGCCUUGUGCCCUGCAGAAGGAAGGGGAUGACGAUGACAUUCUCCUGCUCAAAAGACAGGCUGAAGACGCCCUCCAAGGUAGCGGUGUAGAUGUUACUCUGGCUGAGGACUUCCUUACUCUGGCAAUACCCCUAAAAAGGUAGUUUUUAAUAUUAUAUUUGCAUUUUAUAUGCAUUUAUGAUUCAAAAUUGCUAAAAGGCCACCCUUUUCAGAAGUUAACUUAAAGAUGUAGACAAACCAAUUACAAUAUACUUGUAAUCUCCCUAUAAAAAGGUUAUCCCUAAGGUACCCCAUUAACAGAUUGCAUGACAUUGAACAUUGAAACACACAGCAUCAUAGCAUGAUUCUGUGGGGGUUAUGAACAAUAAUUGUAAUAUUUGUCAUGUCAGUUUCUAUGCAGAUAUAGCUCAUCAUUGCAGCGGUUUAAUGAGUAAAGCAAGAACAGAACCUUUUCCAGAGCUUUAUUUCUGGAUCUGUACACAAGUUAUUAAAGUACAACAGAAAAUACAAAAUAAUGUUUAACAAAAGAAAAAAACAUGUCUAUGUACAAUUUUUUUAUAAACAAUAAAGAUAGAUUUUUGAACAUUUUCUGAUAGUGAAUGU